UGCUAAAGUAUAAAUUGAGGAAGUCGUGUUAACGGACAUCAUACAACCACACAAGCGUUAAUCAUGAAGGUUGUUAUCCUGUGUUUAAUGGCUGCUUCUGCCGCAGCGGCUCCGUCGUCCAUUCCUCGCCUCAGGAAAGAUCAGGUCAAGAUCAUCAACGGCACCGACGUCGCUCCGGGGGAAAUUCCCUACCAACUGAGCUUCCAGCAGCUGGAUGGAGAGGGUUACUUCGACUUUUGCGGCGCUAUCAUUUACUCCGAAAAUUGGAUGAUAAGCGCCGGUCAUUGCGUCGAAGAUAUCGUGUACUCAAACAACUUAACUGGCUUCAAGGUCGUUGCAGGAGAACACUCACUGUCUAUCUACGAAGGGACCGAACAAAAUAGAGACAUCGUUCAAGUAAUCCGCCACGAGAACUUCGAUCCUGUGACAUUAGAGAACGACAUUUCCUUGAUAAAAGUUGCUUCACCACUGGUAUUUAAUGACUACGUCCAACCCGCCAAACUGCCCGAGAUGUACCAGGAGUUCGUAGGCAAUGCAGUCGUCUCAGGAUGGGGUGAAACGAUAGUGUAUUUACAAGCUCCUGAUAUUCUACAGAAAGUCACAGUUCCGAUUGUCAGUGAUGAAGAUUGUAAAGCAGACUACGCGGAAGGUGGACCCGUCCUGGACUCCAUGAUGUGCGCAGGUGAAGCAGGAAAGGACGGAUGCUACGGCGAUUCCGGCGGUCCCAUGACAUGCGACGGAUACCUCUGUGGGGUGGUGUCUUGGGGACACGGAUGUGCCGAGGCUGGAUACCCGGGGGUCUACACACAAGUGUCUUAUUUUGUUGACUGGAUUAAAGCGAAUGCUGUCUAAGUAGAAUUAAGUUCCCUCUAGUUGAUCUGAAGAAAAGGAGAGUAUUUUUGGUAGUAAUUACCACUACCAUGUGACAUAUGUAGAUGCUUAGCCAAAUAAGAAUAGUGUUCACGUCGACAAAUCUUUCUACUUUUUGCAUUCUUGCAUUCAAAAUCCUUGCCGGUAGUUUUCAAUGAUCCUACAAGGGCCCAAAAUAUGAUUUAAAUAAUCGAUAGUUCCUUGAAUAACAGAAAUACUGCACUUCUCAGUUCAUUCCAAUUAUUUUGUAGUCACUGAAACUUUAUAAUUGCAACAAUCGCGCUUGAAUUUCUUCAGAAAGUCUGGAAGACCCCAUUGCUUCGAGAAGGCAAAUUAGCUGUCAUUUGUAAACAAAUUUGUUUUCUCUAUAUCAGUGGCGUCUCCCUCGCAAUAUACAUAAGUCUACUUGCAUUCACUGCAUUAGUAAAGCCUCUAUAAACACAAGUGUAUGUUAACUUCCAUUCACUGCAUCAGUAAAACCUAGAUAAAUUUAAGCGAACUUUCAUCAACUUCAUCAGUAAAACCUAGAUAAAUUUAAGCGAACUUGCAUUAACUUCAUCAGUAAAACCUAGAUAAAUUUAA